AUGUCCACCUCAUCAACCCGCUCACCCCAAACCGAGACCCUCUACUUCGCCUACGGCUCCAACCUCUCACUAGGCCAGAUGUCCCGUCGCUGUCCCCAAAGCCGGUAUAUCGGCCACGGCAUCCUUCACGACUAUAAAUGGGCCAUCAACGGCCGUGGCUACGCAACUGUACAUCCCUCGCCGGGUGAUUGGGUGGAAGGACUGUGCUACCUUCUAAGUCCCGCCGAUGAGGAGAACUUGGAUGUUAAUGAGGGUGUAGCCAUGGGGUGUUAUACCAAAGAAACUUUGGAGGUGACGGUGAGGCCGGGACAUGCGGCUGUUGUAGGGAGGUUAGUCGGGGAGGCUGAUGUGAGAGUUAUGGGGGUUGAGACGGGAGGAAGGGAUUUAUGUUCGGAGGGAGAGGGGAGCGUGGUAGAAUGUCUGGUGUACGUGAGUCCUGGACUGGAGGUUGGUAGGGCGAGGAGUGAGUAUGUUGGACGGAUUGGUGCCGGGGUGAGAGAUGCUGCGAAAUUGGGGAUGGGGGAGGAGUAUUAUUUAAGGUAUAUUUCUCCGUUGAUGGGAGGGGGGGUUAGACAUUAG